AUGGACGAUCUGGGCUUCUGGUGUUUGGUUUUCACAGCUUCAGUUGGUGGCUUUGGUUUUCUAGUUUUGAUCCUAAAGAGAGCAAAUGAGUGGUACUUAGUGAGCAGCUUGGGUAAAAUCCAGUCUAGUGUGCCUCCAGGUGAUUUGGGAUGGCCUUUCAUUGGGAAUACCUUGUCCUUCCUCUAUUCUCUAAAGUAUGGUCAUCCUGAUUCAUUCGUCUCCAACUAUGUUAAAAGAUAUGGGCAGAAAGGAAUUUGCAAGGCCUAUUUGUUUGGAAAGCCAACCAUCAUUGCUACAGCACCUGAAAUAUGUAGAAAGAUUUUAACUGAUGAUACACAAUUCAAGCCUGGCUGGCCAAAAUCCACUACAAAACUAUUGGGAAGGUUAGCUUUUAUGGGCAGUUCUGCAGAGGAACACAAGCGCCUUCGCAAGCUGACCGCGGCUCCUAUCAGUGGUCACAAGGCACUGUCUAUGUACCAUGAAUACAUCAAGGAUGUUGUGGUAACUUCAUUGGAUGAAUGGUCUAAGUCUGAGGAACCAAUUGAGUUCUUGACUGAGAUCAGGAAGUUAACUUUCAAAAUAGUCAUGCACAUUUUUCUAAGCUCUGAGAUUGGUCCCAUGUUGGAGACCUUAGAAAAAGAGUAUACUGCUCUUAAUCAUGGACUAAGAUCCAUGGCCAUUAACCUUCCUGGCUUUGCUUAUCAUAAUGCACUCAAGGCUCGGAAAAGGUUGGUUAAGACUCUUCAAGUGAUUGUUGAUCGAAGAAGGGAAAGAAAGGAGAGUAGUCUAUCAGGGGAAAAAAGAGAUUUGCUGGAUUUAUUACUGGAAGCCGAAGAUGAGACUGGUAGAAAACUAUAUGAUGAGGAGAUCAUAGACAUAAUCCUCAUGUACUUAAAUGCUGGUCAUGAAUCUUCAGCCCAUGCCACAAUGUGGGCAACUCUCUUUUUACAUCAAAAUCCAGAAUUCUACCAAAAAGCCAAGGCAGAGCAAGAGGAGAUUCUUAAAAGUCUAUCACCAGAAAAUGGAUUGAGCUUCAAAGAGACUAAACAGAUGGAAUAUCUUUCUAAGGUAAUUGAUGAAACAAUGCGCGUGGUUAAUAUCUCGCUGUAUACUUACCGGGAGGCUACUGCUGAUGUUAACAUCUCUGGUUACACAAUACCAAAGGGAUGGAAAGUGAUGAUGUGGUUCAGAGGAAUUCAUUUGAACCCAGAAAUCUAUCAAGAUCCAAAGGAGUUCAAUCCCUCAAGAUGGAAUGAAAGUAAAGUGAAGGCAGGGACUUACAUUCCCUUUGGAAUAGGAAGUAGGCAAUGCCCUGGAAGUGAUUUGACCAAGCUUGAAAUUACUACAUUUCUUCACUAUUUUCUCCUGAAUUAUGAGCUGGAACGACUUAAUCCGGGAUGUGAAUUGAGGUACUUACCUCAUACAAGACCCGAAGACAAUUGUCUUGCAAAUAUUAAGAAGCUUCCAUCAACAUCUUCAUCUAUAUAA